AUGACUACAAUUACAUAAGAAUAUUCUUUGGAUGCAUUCCAAUCAUCUAAUUUUCAUAAAGUAUAUUUUAAAGCUAUAUGAAUUAGGUAAUAAUAACUGUAUUUUAUCAUAAUGAUGAUUAUAAAACAAGAUUAGACAAAUUAUUAGAAAUAAUGCCUCUUGAUGUUGAGAAGUACGCUUUAUCCUAUUGUAAUGAUGAAUAAAUAGCUAGAAGUCAUAAUGUAAAUGAAACCUUCAAUUUUAGAUUUAAUAUUUACCUUCUGUUUUGAUCUCAUCAUAUCCUUAACUAAUUAAUACCUAAAUAUUGAACCUAGAACCUGCUCAAACUUUAAUAUAAUUAGAGAGCAUAUAUGAACAAUUUGAAGCUGAAUUUUAAAAACAAUAAUAACAAUAUUUUUUAAAGAUUGAAUCAAUGAUCAAAGAAAAUCCUAUAAUGCUUUUUAUUGUAGGUACCCCAGAAAAACCUAUGUGCAGAUUUACUUCAAAGCUAAUUUAAAAACUAUAACCUUUUGGUGUUCAAUUUGGAUUUUAUGAUAUUGAAAUUGAUAAAUUAAUGGUUGGUUAUUUAAAACUUUACUCAAAAUGGUAAACCUUUCCUUAAGUAUUUGUGAAUGGAAAAUUAGUAGGAGGAGCUGAUGUAUUUUAUAUUAUUUAAGAAUCAGGCAACAGUUGAAUUAAUUGAAUAAAAGAAAUUUUCUGAAUUGAUACCAAAUGAAGCUUUCAUGAAUAAGACUUCAAAAUUAGAGUAGAUUUAAUUAAUAUCAAAAUACAUCAUAUUGAUAGAUGGAUAGCCUGAUUUAAAUUGUGAAAUAGCUAGAAUCCUAACAGAAAAGAAAAUUCCUUUUCAAUUUUACAAUAUUGGAAUGGAUUAAGAAGUGAGAUCAGAAGUUUUAAAUUUCCUAUCUAGUUAUAUUGAGACAUCUAAAGAUUUGGAGCCUCUACUAUUAUUUAAAGUAAAUAAAUAUUAAAAUUAUUUAGAAUACAAUAUAUAAUGAAAUAACUUUAAAAAAAGAAUUGAGUAUUUUAUAAUGAUAGAUGG